AUGCCUUUACCGCCUGCUUUAGCAGCCAGACUCGCCAAAAGGGGACUUUUAGAUAAGGAUAAACACGAAGGCAAUUCCAUAUAUCUAUUUGUUGUUAUGUUAAUUGCAGAGGAAGUAAUCGCAGAAAAUUACGAUAACGAAGGUAGUGCACCAGUUCCUGCUAGUCUUAAGGGCAUCAGCCCUGUUCCAGUUUUUGAGAAUGGUAUUCUCAUUCAUGAGAUUGCCGCCUGUCCAAAUCGCAGUAAUCCCUAUCAUGAAUGUAGUGUUCUCUGCUUUAACCGCUUCGGUCGUCGUACAUUUCGUUCCAAUAAUCCCAAUAUGAUUCGCCUUCGUGAUCGCAUGCUCCGCCGUUACCCUCUUCCUGCUAAUUGGAUAGAAGUUGGCGACCCUGUCUCUGGACGUUUCUACUAUUGGAACAUGAUGACUGAUGAUGUCUCUUGGUUGUCCCCAACUCAUCCUAGGGCUGUUAUUACAAAAUCUGCAAGCAUUCUAAAGGUACAGAUGUUAGCAGCUAAGACAGCAGCGGCAAAUAUAUCGGCGGCAAUUCUUGGGACGCCGGGUGCUUCAGAAGUUGAAAGUGAAGAAGGAGAAAGGAAUGAGCGAGAUCGAUCAAAGUCCCCCACAUCAACUUCUCGCCCACCGCUUUUGUCAAGUAUUAUGGCUCCACCCUCUGGACCUCCGCCUAGACUUGCUAGUUCUGUCAGACGACCUCCAAAGUUCGACAAACGAAGACGUGGAGAUGAUGAUCCUCUUGAUCCAAUGGAUCCAGCUUCCUACUCAGAUGUUCCUCGUGGAGGAUGGACUGAUGGUCUCGAAGGUGUAGAUUCAGCAAAGACCGGCGCCGAUACAACUGCUUCUGGACCGCUUUUUCAACAGAGACCCUACCCAUCGCCUGGAGAGAUUCUGCGAGCUAAUGCCAAACAGCAACAUCAGGAAUAA